AAUCAAGCACCAUCUACUGGUAGGUUGAGUUACCUUCAUCCUUGAAGUUAAAAUAACUCCCGCUAGAGCUUCACUUUUUCUCAUUGUACAGACUUCUACGGAUCUCUUAAUUCAUUGUUUCAAGCAGACGCGAGGUAAACAAAUAUGGCGCAUAAAUAAUUCAUUUUGGUUUGUUCAGGCUUCUUUUUCUCACAGAAUGGGAGAAAGAGCCGUUAUACACUGUUUCCAUUCUGCUAGGCUGGAAGAGACGGUGUUGAAGAUCUCCCGGAGUUUAUUGUCGAACCGUUAUUAUACUCGGUUACGGAUGUGAUACGGACGGACAAAUUAUUUGUUAGUAGAGGAAGGAACUAAAGGGAACAAACAUGUUCGUAUACCUGAGCAAGAAAAUUGCGAUACCGAACAAUUUCCGUUUAAAUUGCAUUGCUUGGAAUCAGAAACAAGGUUUCAUAGCGGUCGGAGGAGAGGAUGGAUUGCUGAAGGUUCUCAGAGUUGACUCCAACGUUGGAGCACAAAGUGCAGGAGGAAAGGGCUCAAGUUUAGGCGGUAGUAAUUUAAGUAUGAACCAAACUUUGGAAGGUCACAAUGGUCACGUUCAAGUAGUAACAUGGAACGAAGAACAUCAGAAACUGACUUCAAGCGAUCAAAAUGGUGUUAUUAUCGUAUGGAUGCUGUAUAAAGGGUCAUGGUACGAGGAAAUGAUAAAUAAUCGUAACAAGUCGGUUGUGAAAGGAUUGGCAUGGAGUCAAGAUGGUCAGAAGAUUUGUAUCGUUUACGAAGAUGGCGCCGUUAUAGUAGGUGCAGUCGACGGCAAUAGAAUCUGGGGUAAAGAGCUGAAAAACACUUCUCUUAGCGGAGUGCAGUGGUCUCCCGAUGGUAAGCUCCUAUUGUUUGGCUUAAAAACCGGCGAAGUUCAUCUAUACGACGAUCAAGGUAUACUUUUAACAAAAUUGAACAUGGUGUCUUUAAGUCCUGCACAUCCGCAGACAAUAGUCGCCAUACACUGGUACAACGGCAGGAAUGGAUAUAUCGCAACGGAUUGUCCAAGUUUGGCUAUUUGUUAUCAAUGUGGGAGAGUUCAAUUGAUGAGAGACGAAAGUGACACCAAUCCAGUGAUAUUAGAGACUGGAAUGACUGCCGUGUGGUGCGCCUGGAAUACUUACGGGUCGUUACUGGCAGUAACUGGCAUUAUGCCGCUAAUAACUAAUGGAGAAUCCAAGGAUUCUAAUGUAAUUCAAUUUUAUACUCCAUUUGGUGAACACGCGAGAACAUUGAGAGUGCCAGGGAGGGAAGUGACCUGCUGCACGUGGGAAGGAGGGUCUUUGCGCGUUGCUCUGUCCGUCGACUCCCACAUUUACUUUGCUAAUAUUCGUCCCGAUUAUAAAUGGACGUACUUCAGCAAUACGGUAGUAUUUGGUAGCGAGAGGAUAAGCAAAGAUGGAAUAUGCGUCACUUUUUGGAAUACUGGCAACAAUUCAUGCUAUACCAAGUACGUUCGAACAUUAAUUUCUAUGGCAUCGCAAGGUGACCACUGCGUUCUGGCAGUUAGAAACGAACCCAUGCAAGCAUCCGAGCAGUUUGCGUUAUUGGUCUGCAAUGCCAUCGCUACUCCUAUCGAUACCAAAUUUUUGGACAUAGAACCGUUAUGGUUGACGAUGACUGGCAAUACGGUUAUCGCAGCGUCCAAGAAUAAUUUUAUAUUGUGGAACUUCCGUACACCUCGCAUUUCGGCAUUGAAUGCGGGGAGGACUCGCCGCGAUAAAAUUUAUCACAUCGACGAUACCCCAACAGGAGUCACAGAAGUAAUCCAGGACUUGGACAGAGAUCGGGCAUUCGAAACUCCUACUAACACCAAGGCUACCAUGGAUCCGAUUUGCUGUUUGUGUGCGACUGAGAAGAUCCUGCUUAUUGGAAGAGAAUCUGGAAUGAUUCAACGGUAUUCUUUACCCCAAGUAACGCUUACGAACAGAUACAGCAUCGUCAGUAGACCCAAUAAAAUAGCGAUCAAUUGUAAUUCUUCGAGAGCAAGCAUUAUGGACACUUCUGGUAUCUUGACGAUGUUGGAUUUUGACCCCCAGAAAAGCAUGAGUUCCGGGGACUGCGAGGAUGUCGGUAAAUUUGAGAGGAAAGACGUAUGGGCUAUGUGUUGGGCACAGGAUAAUCCAACGUUGCUGGCAAUUAUGGAGAAGACGCGAAUGUACGUUUUGAGGGGUCUGGACCCUGAAGAGCCAAUAUCCUGUUCUGGCUACAUUUGCUCUUUUCACGACUUAGAGAUUCGCUGCGUUCUGUUGGACGAACUCGCUCAGAGACCGGACGAUCCUCGCCCGGAAUCGAUAGUCAACCUCGAGGUAAAAUCUCUCAGAGAUACGAGGGAGUUGUUAGCCAAAGUCGGUCUGAAGGAAGCUAACAAUUUUAUACAGGAUAAUCCUCAUCCCAGACUGUGGCGUUUGCUGGCGGAAUCGGCGUUGAAGCACCUCGACUUGGAGACCGCAGAAAAUGCCAUGGUCAGAUGCACCGAUUACUUGGGGAUCCAGUUUAUCAAACGUCUACACAACGUGCACAAUGACCAGCUGAAGAAGGCCGAAGUGGCAGCUUUCCUCGGCAACUACGACGAAGCUGAGAAGCUUUAUUUGGAUCUAGAUCGUCGAGAUCUAGCCAUCUCGUUGCGCCAAAAGUUGGGGGAUUACUUCCGAGUUCUUCAGCUUAUGAAGAUGGGUAUCGGAGGAUCCGACAAGCAGAUGGAGCAUGCCUAUAAUAAAAUAGGUGACUUCUUCGCGGAACGCCAGAACUGGGAAGGUGCAAAGGAAUAUUACGAAAAGGGUAGAAACUUGGAGAAGCUAACGCAGUGUUAUUAUAAACUCGAAGAGUACAGUGAACUAGCUGCGACUGUGGAUCAGCUGGCAGACAAGAGUCCAGUUCUGAAGACGGUGGCAAGGAUGUUAGCAUCGGUGGGUAUGUGUUCUCAAGCUGUCGCGGCAUACAUCAAGUACGGAGACGUCAAGCAAGCGGUAGACACGUGCGUUCGUUUAAAUCAUUGGGACCAAGCCUUGGACUUGGCGAAGACCUACAAAAUGGCACAGAUCGGUGAACUGCUCAACAAGUAUGCCAAUCAUCUUCUGUCGAAUGGUAAGCGAUUACAAGCUAUAGAGCUUUUCAGAAAAGCAAAUUAUCAUCUGGAGGCUGCCAAACUGCUGCUCGAGCUUGCCGAAGACCAAGCCAAGACCAGGACCAAUCCCCUGAGGGUGAAGAAGAUCUACGUACUCGCGGCAUUGUUGAUCGAAGACCACAUAAAUAUUACACCAGCUGUCAAGGGGGCCCGAAGCAACGUCGUCAUGGGCUUGACGGAGAGCAACGAAGAUGCCAGGGUCAUCGAGAAGGCAUGGCAAGGGGCAGAGGCUUACCAUUUCCUUUUAUUGGCACAUCGACAACUUUACGAAGGCAAUUUUGAGGCUGCGACAAAGACUGCUCUUAGGCUCAGAGAGUACGAGGAGAUCUUAGAGUCGGAGGACAUCUAUUGUCUCUUGGCAUUGGCCAGCUGCGUAAGUAAGGCAUUUGCUACUUGUUCCAAGGCUUUCAUUAAACUCGAAGCUUUGGAGAAGAUCUCCGAAGGCAAACGAGAGAAGUACGAAGAGCUUGCACUGAAUAUUUUUACCAAGUAUAGUCCUAAGAAUUCAAGUAAUACUAAAGCCGAGUGCGUUAACUGUGAGACCAUGGUACCUGAUUGGUGUGUCGUUUGUCCUAACUGUACGUCAAGGUUUCCUGCUUGCAUCGUUUCUGGAAAACCUUUAAUGGAUCUCAGAAAUGCCUGGAUAUGCGUAGUGUGCAGACAUCACGCUGCCACGGACAGAGAUGUCGUUAACGUCAAUGCAUGUCCUUUGUGUCAUAGUACAAUCACGCAGAUACAAUUGCCGAUUAGAGUUUCGGGAUAGUCCACAGGGCAUCAUCGAAGCACCCGAUGCACAAGAUUUUAUCUACAGUUUUUCAAAAAUCCACCCUUUCGUUCCUUCGAUCCUUAGUCGUAUUUCCUUUACGCGUUAAGGUUGCGUAUCGGUAGACAACUCACUUUCGUUCUCGUCUUUUUCGCUUUUCGAAAGUAGUCCCUAAUUUACGUCGAUCUCUUUCUCAAUUACAAAGACUGCUAGGUUUCUAUUAUACGUGGAGCGUACAUUUAAUUAUCAGCCUUUAAGAGGGACAGUAGUAUAGUUUUUAAUUGUAUCACCGAUCGAUUUUACUUAUGCUUAAUACUUUUAGUACAAAGGCAACUGCAUCCGUCCGUCCACAUUUCCAUUGGGAUAUUUAUAUGGAUCUAAGACUGUAAGUUUUAAUCCGAAUAAACGCACGUUUAAUUCG